CGGGAGGAGGAGGAGGAGGCGGCGGAGGCGGCGGCGGCGGAGGCCGGGGGGCGCAGGCAGGCGGCGGCGGCGGGCGUCAGGAGGCCCGGCGGCAACAUGGCGGACAGAGACAGCGGCAGCGAGCAGGGUGGCGGCGGCGGCGGCGGUGGCGGGGCGCCGGGCUCGGGCCCGGGCGGAGGCGGCGGCGGCGGGGGUCCCGGCGUGGGCCUGCAGCACGAGACGCAGGAGCUGGCCUCCAAGCGGGUGGACAUCCAGAACAAGCGCUUCUACCUGGACGUGAAGCAGAACGCCAAGGGCCGCUUCCUGAAGAUCGCGGAGGUGGGCGCGGGCGGGAGCAAGAGCCGGCUGACGCUCUCCAUGUCGGUGGCCGUGGAGUUCCGCGACUACCUGGGCGACUUCAUCGAGCACUACGCGCAGCUGGGGCCCAGCCAGCCCCCGGAGCUGGCGCAGGCCGCGGACGAGCCCCGGCGGGCCCUCAAGAGCGAGUUCCUGGUCCGCGAGAACCGCAAGUACUACAUGGAUCUGAAGGAGAACCAGCGCGGGCGGUUCCUCCGCAUCCGGCAGACGGUGAACCGCGGGCCGGGCCUGGGCUCCACGCAGGGCCAGACCAUCGCGCUCCCGGCCCAGGGCCUCAUCGAGUUCCGCGACGCGCUGGCCAAGCUCAUCGACGACUACGGCGUGGAGGAGGAGCCCGCCGAGCUGCCCGAGGGCACCUCCUUGACGGUGGACAACAAGCGCUUCUUCUUCGACGUGGGCUCCAACAAGUACGGCGUCUUCAUGCGCGUCAGCGAGGUCAAGCCCACCUACCGCAACUCCAUCACCGUCCCCUACAAGGUCUGGGCCAAGUUCGGGCACACCUUCUGCAAGUACUCGGACGAGAUGAAGAAGAUCCAGGAGAAGCAGAGGGACAAGCGGGCCGCCCAAGCCGCCGCCUCCUCGUCGUCCUCCGGGGGAGCCGAGCCGCAGGCCGAGGCGGAGAGCAGCGUUAGCCCCGCCUCCUCCUCCGCCGCCGCCGCCGCCGCCGCCACAGGCCCGCCGGGAGCCCUGCUGCAGGCCGAGGAGCCCGAGGAGGAUUGAUCUCCCUUCCAAGCCCUCCCUUCCAAGCCCCCUUCCAUCCUCCCUCUCCCUCCAAGCCUUCCUCCUCUUCUCCACUUGGCUGCCUCCUCCCUGCCCUGCUGCACAGAGACACUCGUAAUAAUAAUAAUAACAACAACACCAACAACAACAACAACACAGAGAGAGACUUUAUACUGUAAGCGAGAGAAAGAGAGAGAGAGAGAGAGAACCCACACCCUGGAAACAGUCCCUGCAGUUCCAAUAUUACUUACUAUACCUGUUGUUCUGACUCCAAGGGGAGCACCUGCACCACCACUCACCUUCCAACCAACUCAACCAACUCAACCGGAAACAAGACAGACCACCAAGCAACUUCUUUCUUCUCUCCACCCCAUCGCUGGAUUGUUCCUUCCACUCUUGCCCAUCGUAUAAAACAACUUUUACCAGUAAAUAUCGGUUUAUUCCUGAAACCAGAAGCCCUAAACAUAUCUUUGUUUAUAAGAUCUUUCAGUACCAUCUGUCAGUGUCAUCUUAUGACCUUUUAUUUGCCAAAUCAGCUUCCCCUUUUGUCGCCCCGGUUGUGCAAUAUAGUUGGCAGCAACUUUAAUACGAACAAUUGAUGCUGACCCUUCUUUGAAGCAUUCAGAAGGUGUGAGGAGAACUUCUGUUGCCACUCUGGAACACAAAUGUGUACACUCAUCAAAAGGUCAAAGAUAAAUUGUCUUUCACACUGGUAAAUUACAAUAUAAUACAAGCAAUUGAAGUGGUCCAAAAUAUUAUAUUGUAUAGCCUUUCCUAUAUAAACCAUUUAUUUACAAUUUUAAAUUCAGAAAAAAAAUACAAGAUUCUAUUGAUGGUGCAUAUCACUCUUGGUUUUUUACAGUUAAUAUUGUAAUUUUGUAAUAAUGUGAAUAUUUAAUUAAAUUGUUUAACAUGGACAAUAUAUGUAAAUUAAAUUUUACUCCAAGGUGCUCCACAUUUCAAUGCUGUGCUGCAGUCAGUAUUAUUCCAGUACAAGGCUUUCUUCUUCCAAGGGAAAAGGUAGUCCAUUCUUUUCUCAUAAGGCCAAGUAAUACAUUUGUUUCAAAAUAUGGAAUUCUGAAGCCACAUUGCGCAAACUCUGUAGCUGUGCUAUUUCUUUAAAAUACCAAAUGGCUAUUAAACAGGGCUGUGUGAAAUUGUAUGUGGCAAAAGGCCUUUUUUAAAGAGUCCAUGCUAAGUCCUGGCAUAACAAAGUGGAUAUGCACAAGUGGAACCAUGCAUAGCUACCUUCUAGUUCUUGCUCCCCGCCUUCCAAUAUGAAAUGAAGGCAGGUUUACCACUGUAACAAAGCUUAUCAUUAUGGAACUGGGACCUGUGCGGUUCCAAAGAAGCCAGAAUUUUAAAGCCAACUCCAAACCCUUGUUUAAAGGUGACCUGAUCCUGGCUUGUUUGGGAAUGCUUAACCAUAACUCCCAGUUUGUAUGUAAUUGAACUGAUGUCUGAGUAUGGAGUUCUUCUUUCACACUGGCAAAAGGGGAGAAAUUAAAUGAGAGAAAACAGGUUGCCUGCAUUCACAUGCUGCUUUAUUAAGCCAGGAUUUGGGCAGCCUCUUAUGUAUAAACAUGGGCAUCAAAAUAACAAAUAUAUAAGUUUAGGAUGAGAAAAGUAGUACAAAAAAAAAAGAAUUAGAAAGAAAUAAUAAGCUUUUAUCUAAUUUCAAACAGAAGUUGAAAUGUUUUGUUUUUGGAACAGUCAAACAACAGGUAGUGUUGAUUAUCUUACAAUAUUCUUAUCAUCUAAGAUCUCCCAAAUCCUUCUCCUAGUCGAAGAUCUUUAUUUACAGUGAAUUUUGCACAGGUAUAGCACUUGUGAGUGAGGAUUCUGCACAAAUGAAAUGUUUCCGGUUUGUUUUCUAGUGCAUAAGAGCAAAGGAAGAAAGCAGCAAACCCUUUACUCAUGAUUGGUUAAAUUGAAGGACAUUUCUUAGAUGUUGUAAAUAGAUUGCAAAGAUUCUGUUGACUUCUCUGGAAACAGGAUUAGCUCCAAAAGUCCUUUCUUUACAAGAUCAUACCUGCAUACGUAAUCCCAUGAGCCAGUAUUAAUAGUAUACAGAUAACAUCCUAAAAGGGAGGAAGAGAAGAUGGAAAAAUGUGACAAUACUGAGGGGUACUGCAUCUAAGAAGUGGGUUUAUAUUCAUGAAAGCUCUUGCUAAAAUAAAAACCAGUAACUCUUAAAGGUGUUGUCACAUUUUUCUUCCCCUCGCUUUUUCCUUUUUAUGCUACAGGGCUACUACUUUGAAUGAUAACAUCUUAGUAUUUUAAUGUAGGAUGCUAUUAAUUUUAUAAUUCUUUUUAAAACUGGCAGUAAGAAUAUUUUAACCAUUUCAAUACAAGGGUCAAUCACUAUUAGCCCGUUCUCCCUUCAGGCACAUAUGCACAUAGAUCUCAGUGUAAAGAGAGGCUAGUAGCAAUCUUAUGGAGAACAUGCAGCAAACCCUAGGAUCACAGCCAAUGGAGAAAGUGCAGCCAUGAUAAUAGUUUAUGCUAUUUGUUCUCCAUAUAUGAUUGCAUGGGAGGAUUUCAUAGUACAAACAAAUCCUACAUCUUUUUUUCCAGAUAUGAAGAUUAAACCUGUAGUAUGUUUUUCACAUGUGAGUUUUCUGAAAAGAACCGAACAAAAAAAAUCUCUCAAGGAAAGAAUAGAAAUAUCUCUCAAGUCUCUGCAUAAUUUUUGUUGCUAGUUUAAUCUUUAGUAGAUGUGCCAGUAUCUCUUGGUGGUUCUGUUUUUUCUGUAACUUUUUUAAUUAUCAUAUAAGCAUAUACUGUAAAAGUACGCACUUAUUAGAAGAUUGGAAUGUUGAACAAGGCAAAAAUAUUUGUUUUGAUUUGUGUAAAUAGCUACUAUUCUUUUGUUUCGAGAAACUUGGCUACCAUCUCACAACUGUUGUAUUUUGACAUAAUGGACAAUGUUCAGACAUUCUGUGGCUUAUGUAUUUGUGUAAUUGUUUGUAUGUAAUUACUAACUCUAAAUUGUAAGUAAGAAACAUGCUUGUUCCAUUUAUUCAGAGUAUUAUCUCUCCUGUCUAAAAAUAUUUUCAGUUAUAUGAGAAAAAGAAUUUAUUUAUUUUUUUAAGAUUGUCAUGCAAGAUCUGAUUUCUCUGCUUUUUAAAAAUACUGGGGUGUGGGUGGGUGAGGAUUUUAUCUAGUUUUCACUUGAUAGACCAAAGUUACCAUUGACACUGUCUUGCAAUGCUGAUCAAAAUUUAUCUCCUUUGCACUUUAAAUGAAUAAAACAUAAGGAAAAUCAAGGUGUCAAUUGCAUAUACAUUCACUAUAAAGUAGAAUGUAUAUCAUUAGUCAGUAUGUUUAUAAAGAGGGUAUUUUCCUUUGUUGCGGGAAGGGGAGUACUCUGGCAAUGUAUUUGCUAGUCAGUAUAAAGUGUUUACAUGUAAUUACUUAAUAAAUUAUUUGAUUUAA